GAAUAUAAAGAGAAUAUAUGCAAGAAGAAGUAUGAACAGAAAUAUGAAAGAUAUAUGAAAUAUGUCAACAGUUGACGGUUUUCGAAAUUGUAUUGUCAACGGUUAAGUUUUUUAAAAUUUCAUUGGUAUUGUCAACUCACAAGAGCUAUAAAUACCUGCCCUAUACUAUAGACGAUACCAUUACAAAAAUGUCGAAACAAGAAUGGAAAGUAUUACAAACAACUACAUCGUUCGAAGAAGCAAAAGAAUACGCAAAACACUUUAAUGUUUGCCAAUAUCGUCGAUCAGAUUUAAAAAACCAUACAAAAUAUUCGUUCAAAUGCAGUGAGUAUAGAAAGUAUCCGCUUUGUUCUUUUGAAAUUCAGACAACCGUGCCGGAUAGUAAUCCACAAUCAGUGAUAAUCAUGUCCAGAAACGAACAUGAACACGAACAAGAAGAACGCAAUCCUACAACACGUUUACGCAAUCCUACAACGAUUUACAAAACUGGUGUAACGAACAUAAUGAAGCCGUUUGGUGUAGCAUUAAUUUCUCAUGAUGAAAAUGCCAAAUGUUAUAACCAAUUAUUUACAUCAAUUAAUGCGCUAGCUGUGCAAGAAUUCAAUCAGCCAUGUUUAAUUAAUCACGUGAUGGCGGAUGGAGCAUUAGGUAUCACAAGUUCUCAACAGACAGUGUUUCCACACAGUCGUCGUAUGAUGUGCUGGUUCCACAUGAUCCAAAAAUGCCGACUACAUCGCAAUUUAGUCACAAAAGAACAGUGGGUAAGUAUUGAUGCAGAUAUACAUGCCGUUCAACUUUCUUUUUCAGAUGAUGUGUUCAAUCGUGGUAUAGAUUUACUAAUACAAAAAUGGAGUGCCACUCCAGCUACGAAGAAGUUUUCGGAUUACUUUGUUGAUCAAUGGAUAACAAAAUUACCCUAUUGGUACGAGGGUGCUGCGUUUGGUAAACCAUCCACGAAUAACGGUUGUGAAUCGAUGAAUGCCAUUAUAAAACAAAAAUAUACACUCCGUAAUAAGUUACAUCUAUCGGCGUUUCUACCAAAAAUGGAACAAAUGUUAACAGAUUGGUCAGAGGCAAGUAUUUCAUCACCAUUUGCUACUGCUACAAGUAUAUCUCCUGAUAUGGAGCUGCAUGCUUACAAAUGGUCAGUAAGUAUAAAUCGAUCUGAUAUUUUGCAUUGGUUUAAUACAUUUUAUGUUGUUCCAUCAUCCACGACAACAAUAACACCGUCAGUUUGGUUGGAUUUGUAUCGCUCUGGUCAAUGGGCAUCAUUUGACGAUUUUGUGGCAUGGCAGACAUCAUGUUGGUUAGUGUCACCGCUUACAUCGUGUACGUGUCCAAUUGGUCUCAAGCAAUACACCUGUAAACAUUCAGUUGGAUUAGGUAUUGUAUUCAACCUGUACCAGGUGACGGACAAAACACGUUGUGAACCAUUGGGUAAGAGAAAAGGUAAAGGUCGUCCAAAAAAGGUUCGUACAGCUUUGCUGCUGUAA